CUUGACCGAGGGCUGCCAAGCGGAGCUCAGAGAGGCGCGGCGGGGGGGAUCCUACUGAGCUGGAUAGAGGGUGUCCUUGGUGAGCGACCAGCUUUCAGGCAUUGUGUCACCAGCCCCUAGAGCACCUCUGCAACCAUGACUGGGCUGCUGAAGAGGAAGUUUGACCAACUGGAGGAGGACUCCUCCUCGUUCUGCUCCUCCACCUCCUCUGACUGCGUCUCUCCUUCCUGCUCCCCAAACUCUUCAGUCUCAGGUGAAGAGAGCCCCUGGGGUCAGAUGCCCCUACCUAAAUGGGACUUCUGUGGCUCCCAAAGUUUUACCCCUCGGUCCAUUUUGAAGCGGGCUCCUCGAGAGCGCCCAUGCCGUGUUGCCUUCACUGGCAUCACUGUCUUUUACUUCCCACGGUGCCAGGGCUUCACCAGUGUGCCCAGUCGUGGUGGCUGUACUCUGGGCAUGGCCCCUAGCCACAGCGCCUGCUGCCACUUCUCCUUGUGUGAGUUUACACAGGAACAAGCCAGGGCUCGGCGCGAGAAACUCCGUCUGCGUUUGAAAGAGGAGAAGCUGGAGAUGCUGCGAUGGAAGCUUUCAGCCUCUGGAGUACCUGAGGGAGAGGCAGACCUGCCACUUACAUUGGAUGCCAUCAGUGAUGCCUCUGUGGAAGAAGACUUGGCAGAGGCUGUGGCAGGCGGCCUGUUGGAAGAAGUGAACUUCCCACCAUACCACCCAGCGCGGCGACGGCGUGCUUUGCUGCGGGCUGCGGGUGUGCGAAGGAUCGACCGCGAGGAGAAGCGGGAACUGCAGGCGCUGCGCCAAUCCCGUGAGGACUGUGGCUGUCGCUGCGAUAGGGUCUGUGACCCUGAGACCUGCAGCUGCAGCUUGGCGGGUAUCAAGUGCCAGAUGGACCACACAGGGUUCCCUUGUGACUGCUGUAAGGAGGGCUGUGAGAACCCCAAUGGCCGUGUGGAAUUUAAUGAGGCGCGUGUGCAGACCCAUUUCAUCCAGACACUCCAGCGCCUGCAGCUGGAGCAGGGGGCCGAGAGCCUUGGAGAGCUGGAGGCCCCUGCACAGGGCAGCCCACCCAACCAAGGCGAGCAGGACAUGGUGUCCUCUUUCCUGCUGGCCAACCCUCCCAGCAACAGUGAGCUGGGAGACAAUAGCUGCAGCAGUGACAUGAAGGAUUCUUCCAUGACAUCUUCCAUAUCAGACGCUAGUGAGGCCCCAGAGCAACCCAUCCCAGGCCUGCCUGGCCUUGGCUUCCAGUCAAGCAUGGAUGAUGACAGCCUGGAGCGGAUCCUGAGUUUCAGUGACUCUGACCUUGGUCCAAGGGCUUUUCAGUGCAGAGGCAUGUCUGGCCACUGCCCUAAGACCCAAUUGUCACCCCUGACCUUGUGA